UUGGAUAAUUACUUUUAAAGUUACUAAAUUUUAAAUUUUAGGACGGGAGGUGGAUUGAGAUUUUUAACUUAAUUUGAAAGUGAUUUAAGAACUUUCAGUUUUAUUAAUUCUUGCAGACCUGUGGCCUCCUACGAUCUAUUAUACUAGUCCUCACUUAGCCCCAACCCCACUGUACUGGCAGUUUUUUAUUUAAUUUUGUUCAUUAUUAAUUCUAAAAAAAAAAUUAGUAUUUUUAAUAAACUUACAACUUUGCUGUCUGAUAGCUAACCAGGAUUUUAGCAUCCCCAGAGUUACAGUUCGAGGGGCGCAUAUGCAUGGUGAAGCAAUAUUUGUUUUCUUGCAGCACAAUUUCUUAAAUUACAUGUUGGACGUUACAGGGCAUAAUCAAAUUUGAGUGGGUAUCAUUUGACACUCGCCCUAGCCUACCGUCCCGGUUUUCUACCGUAUUUAGCACUACUAUAAAAUGUAUGUUUAUAGUAUACCAUAUGGUAUACCUAUGUCACUUUUAUUACUGUAAUAUAUAACAGAUUAUAUUAUAAUCAGGUGACGGUCCUCUGUCGGAUUUGGACGAUACCCAACAAUUCCUUUUACACAAAUGAUUUGUGACAAAUCGGACGAUAUUAUGUUCUUUCUCGAUUUGUCUAUUUGGCAUGAUAUGACCUGUAGUCAAAUUCACAGUUUAUGCCGUGAAUAGCCCCCCUUCCUCUAAAAAUAUUUGUACGUAAACCCUUCGACACAAGCGUUUUAAAUAUUAUCAUGCCUUAUGCAAUAUGUUAUACGUGAACUCUCGUCUCUUAAAUAUUCUUUAACUUCUGGCGAGUGUCGUUCAUGCUGUUGCCUAAUUCAUAGGUCCUUACUCCUUGGUUUGAUUCUCAUUUUUUUUUUAGGUGUACCUAAUCUUACGGUAAAAUUACAGUUCCUCAGAAAAUAAAAAAUAGCGUAGCUCACUUUUAAUUGAUAGACCUUAUGAUGUUUUGUUUUAGGGUUCUAGUAUAAGUUCUGACUGCUAUCAUCGCUUUUGUUUGGAAACCGUUUUGCAAUGCAAAUAUUCAAACAGUAGACAUGUGUGUUACGCAUAUAUAUUUAUGGUUUUGUCGGUUAAUCCAACAAACCGGGAUAAAAAACAAGCGCAUGUUUUUCGAUAGUAAAAAAUGUUUUAUUUGCGAAAUUCGCUUAUAUCUGUACCGCUUGCUAUUAUUCGUAAAUAGUACAAAUUCGCGUUAACCAAUAUGUUUUUAAAUUCGAUAUUUCGAAUUGGAAAGGUACUAGUUUCGCCCAAGUUGAAUACAAGCAAUAAACUUAUCUUCCAGAAUAAUUGGAAAUUUUUUUCUGUAAACAGUUUUCCUACUUAGCUCUUAAGAUCCAUAAAUGAAGCGUGCAAAAACUUUUAAAAUCUGUCUAAAGUUGCAAUUAUUUUUCCAUUGAGGAUAAACCAUAAAAACUGAUAACAAUAAGCUCUUGAUUAUUUAAAAAUCAUACAUUGAUUUAAUUUUUUUGUUUUUAAAAUAUUUGAUCCACCGGCUACAGAUUAUUGGCAUCGGAGCUCUGUUUUAUUAUUAUUAUUAUUUUCGGUUAGUUUUUUUAUAAGCUAUAGCCGAGUAUAUUUUCAGGUGGGCGCUUUGGCCCGCGUACGCCGUGAUCUUGCGAUAAAGCUUUGGCAAUGGCGAUUUUUUCGCAUACAAAACCCGAAUUUUGGCCUUGGUAAGAUGCGAUAAGCGUGAGCGGUAAAAAGUUUUCUACGGUUAAUUUAAAUUCGCCGCCGUUUUCUUUAUUUUUAUAACCGAAUUACCCGUCAGUGUCGAAAUAUGCAUGCUUUACGGGUUUAAGCUUGAAAAAAGUUUGAUAAAUCUAUAGGUAACCGUCAAACACAUAAGCAUAACUCGUCAACCUUGACUCAAAUUAGGUGAGACGACGCGACUAUUUUUGCAUAGAACAACGUGCCGGUAUUUUUUUAGCGUCAAUCACACACCGCGCUUUGACAUACGCCGAGUGACGGGUUUAAUUUUAAGCGGUCGAACGAAUUUGGAAUAAUCCGAUAUCACCUACCUCGCAAAUUUUUUUUUGCAUAAAAAAAGAUGUUUUUUGGAAGCACACGUCAUGUAACGAUCUCUAAUCGGCAACCGACCAAAAUGAGUAAAUAUACUCGCGGUCAUAAAUUCAGUACCUAUCACACAAUAAGUAAGAUUGAAGGAAUGUAUGUAUUGCAUUGUACAAAUCAUUUUGUUGGUAAUUGGUAACCAUUUGUGUAUUCUCCGUCAGCGACGAAAAGGUAUUCGAGUUCCAUUCGAAAAAAAAAUCCGACAGUUGCGCCCAGGAAAUGCGAUUGUAUAAUCAACAAACAAAUAAUAAUAAGUGGAGCAAAAAAAUAUAUUGGGUUACAGUGAAUGGCGUGACGAAAGGGAAAAUUCACACACACACACAAAAUAAGAUUAUAAAAACGGGACCCUAUGCAAUUUCUCCUUAUUUUUUUAAUUUCAGAAAUAUAUUUGUGUAAGUGUUUUAUGUGUCCCAAUGUUUUAAAUUUCUUUUGGCUGCCAUUCAAUUCGUUUAAUUCGCUUUCGGAGCUUGCCAAACGUAUAUAUCCUAGCAAAACAUCUAUAGCAACACAGCUCGGUCGGCCGCACCACUGCCGGGAAGCGGAUUUUAGUCUUCAACGCGUCACCGUUGGCGGUACCCGGUCUGCAGAUCCGCGUUUACCGAGAUGUGCCUGUUUUUUUUGAAAAUCAUCUAAGUAUGUCUAUACUAACCCAACGUAUACUAACGGCGUAUGCAAAACAUAUUUAUUAUUAUUAUUUUCAUACAGUAAUUAUUACGUAGUAAUUAUGCAUUUUUGAUUAGAAUUUAGUAUAAAAAAAAAUUAAUUAUUAUAUAUUAUAUAAUUUAAUAAGACCGCCGUACGUAAAAUACAUAAUUUUAUAAACGCGAUUUAUAUUCUAUUAUAAUAUAGAACUGCACGAUGCCGUUUUUUUCCGAUUACGGGUUUUCCGCCCGGUCCGUUCCGUUCUCCUCGCAGUAUUACAGUCAGCUGCUGCAGCCCUAUCCCGGCUCCAACGGCCGGACGCCGCGGUUACAGCCCAGGAGUUACAACUCGAUGGCGGUCGAACAAACGCUCAGGGCCAUCCGCAGGGCACCGGCGGCCAUCACGGCCCGGCACUACGCUAGGCCGGUGCACAUAAACGCGGCGGAGAUCGACGUGACAACUCCCCGCCGCAAGCCACUACCAUUGUCUGACCCGGCAGUGCCCAACGACAGCGCGGGCGGCAACAUCCACCGAGGCCGCACCGUGGUCCGGUUGCACACUAUAAACAAAAGAACGCCUCCGGACAAGCCGCCAGCUGGUCCGUCGCCGGCGGUAACGAAUCAACCACCGGAAGAUCAAGGAGGAAUGGCCAAGAAGGGCACAAUCAAACGGCACCUGUCCGUAGGCAUUAAAGUCGCGGUGACCGACGACAGACGGCCGUCGGUCACGGACGACAUGCUCCGCGAACAAGAAGCGCUUUUCGACACGAUGAUCAUGGAAGAAAUGGAAGGGCAAAAAGACCGACGAAAAAGUUAUCCCGUGGACGUUGAUGGUGGCAAGAAACGGCCGAAACGCCGGUCAGACGCGUCCGCGGUAGCGGCGGCAUACCUCAACAAAAGAAAUCAGCCCGAGACCGCUAUUACGCCGGAAGUGGCCGCUAGGAAACCAGUCAACUGGAAGUUAAACUACGACGUGAUCGUGGAGGAGUCGUCGGCCGCGUCCAAAGAGGAGAACGGACCGGAACAACCGGUAAGUUUUACGUUCAGGCUUAACAAGAAAAAGACGGGUGGAGCUAGUAGAAAGCUCGACGCUAACCAUAACGUAGUGCAAGCCAAACCGCAGCAUGCAGACGGUAAUACCAAAACUCAAUCGCAUGUAAUCAAGUUAAAUAAUAAUACAACAAAGGUCGAUAACGCCGCAGACGACGGUAGCGGUUCGUUGAAGACCAAAAAGAAAGUGGUGAAAAAGAAGAAAGUAGUGGUGAAAAAAAAAGUGCAGAAGGUGGAUGGUGAAACCACGGCGUCUGUAACCAGGGCGAUCACGCAGGAAUCCAAAAAAACGGUCAUCACGCCGUUCGUGCGCGCGUCUUUCGGCAAGACGUUCAUAUCGCCGUCGCAAGUUAGCAGCACCAUGAGCAAGUUCGAGAAGCCUAAACCUAAACCGGCAAAAUUGGAACAGCCCCCACCGCCACCGCCGCCGCCACAACUGCAGUCCGAAGACUCAACGGACGAAGAAUCGUCAGACGACGAGUCUUCGUCCGACGACGACGAUUGUGGAUCUUCGGUGUCGGCUUCGUUGUGCAGCAGCGACAGCACUUACUACUACGACACUGACGAAUACGAUUCGUCGUCAUCGUCGGACACGCCGGCAAAUUCGUAUCAGACCAGUGGUAAUGGCGAAGGAGUUGUGGGCGGUGCCGAACGAACGAUUCGUUCUUACAAUUAUCGACACCACUCGAGACCUAAGCGGGUGGUGCCGCCAGCCACGAGCAUUCCCCGAUUCAGGAAGUACACGGUCGACGAUUUUAACUUCCUGAAAGUGUUGGGCAAAGGCAGCUUUGGAAAGGUGCUGUUAGCUGAACUCAAAGGCACAGACUACUACUAUGCAGUGAAAUGCCUGAAGAAAGACGUGGUCCUAGAAGAUGACGACGUUGAGUGUACGCUCAUCGAGCGCAAAGUCCUCGCUCUAGGCACGAACCAUCCUUACUUGUGUCACUUGUUCUGCACGUUUCAAACAGAGUCUCAUUUAUUUUUUGUCAUGGAGUACUUAAAUGGAGGCGAUCUAAUGUUUCACAUUCAACAGUCGGGUCGUUUUGACGAAGGUCGUGCACGAUUUUACGCAUCCGAAAUAGUGUCUGGUCUAAAGUUCCUACAUAAAAAAGGAAUUGUCUACAGGGAUUUAAAAUUGGACAACAUAUUACUAGACUUUAAUGGACAUGUGAGAAUCGCCGAUUUCGGAAUGUGUAAGUUGCAGAUUUACUUAGAUAAAACUGCGGACACGUUUUGCGGUACUCCAGAUUACAUGGCUCCAGAGAUCAUCAAAGGACUUAAAUACAACCAAAGUGUAGACUGGUGGUCUUUCGGUAUCCUUCUUUAUGAAAUGUUAGUUGGUAAAUCGCCAUUUAGUGGUUGUGACGAAGAUGCUUUAUUCUGGUCGAUAUGCAAUGAGCAGCCCCAAUAUCCCAGAUACCUGUCAACCACUGCAAAAUCUGUUCUAGUUGCAUUAUUAGACAAAGAUGCCUCUAAACGAUUGGGUUCAUUGGAAUCUAAUCAUUCAGCAGAAGAUGUAAUUAGGCACCCGUUCUUCAGUUCAUUGGACUGGAAUAAAUUAGAAAGGCGAGAGUUAGAGCCUCCGUAUAUGCCUAAAGUCUACCAUCCAUUAGAUACACAUUACUUUGACAAACAUUUUACUAAAGAGAAACCGAGACUGACACCCGUCGAUAAAACUAUACUCGAAUCAAUGGAUCAGUCUCAAUUUGAUGGAUUUACCUACACCAACCCAAAUGUCACAGAUUUAUGAGUUACUCAUAGCUUAAUAUUUUGUUAAAACAUCUUAUAUAAUUUUUAUACUUGAUUAUUUUAUUUCUUAUAAUUAUAUUUUUGUGUAUAUUUAAGAGCUCAGUCAAUAAAAAUAAGGUUUAUA